UGUAUAUAUUCUUAUUCCAUCCCUUUACUUAGAUUUGUGUGUAAUUAGGUAGUUGUGGAAUUGUUAGAUUACUUGUUAGAUAUUACUGCACUGUCAGAACUAGAAGCACAAGCAUUUCGCUACUCUCGCAAUGACAUCUGCUAACCAUGUGUAUGUGACCAAUAACAUUUGAGUUGAUCUGUAUCUGCAAAAGUUAUUUCUGGGAAGAUUGUAAGUUUCCCUCAGCAAAUCAAAGGAGGCAAAGGCUUUACAUUUUAAACUGUAAGCAUUUAAAGGUAUUGGUUUUACUGAAAGAUAUAGGCCUAACUAUUUCACUGUGUAAACUUCUUCCACUACCAUUAACAAUAUUACUUUCAGGCAGCUAAGCAAGCACACAAAGUUUCUACUGAAACUUCCUUUUCUAGUUAUCAUUGUUGUCAAGCACCCCUCCUUUUAUUUUGUUUUCUGAAGCACGAAGGCCCACCAGAACUCACCAAAACUAUCACAGCUUAUUGUGAAAUAAACAUUCAUUACUUAUUCGAAAUUCGUGACAGCCACAACAAAAAGUACACUUUUCUUGUGUAUGAUUUUUCUUUCUUUCUUCAUAAUGCAGUCGUGUCUAUUUCACAAUAAUCUGUGAUACUGGGUUGAACUCACACACAAACUAUACUUGUCUGUAUGAAAACAGGAAGAUACAGUUUUAAGCACAGGAUGCUCUUCCUUUAGAGCACCUCAGCAUCGAAUUGAAGUGCUCAGAGGCUUUUAGAGGGAGUGCUAGUCCCUCACCGCCAGUAAACAUGGAGGACUGCAUGAGGCUAUGGCCAAGUUUAAUGAUAGAUGCCAAACCAAUGUCAAACCACUAGGGUAUGUGACCCCAAUUAACCGCUGUGGACAAUUUUUGUGAUUAAUGAACAGCUAGCUCAGGGUUUCCCAAACUCGGUCCUGGCCUUUCAAUAUAAUGGAAAAUCCCCAACUUGGAAACAACAUGCUGUCAGACAAUGCCAUCAAUAUGCUGUUGCGUACCAGUGAAUUAAAUGUGUAGGGAACCACUUGUCCAAGGCCAGGCAACCGUACUCCUGAAUUCAUGUUUUUGUUUUAACCAACAUGGAAGACCAGGUGUGACUGAUCAAUUAGCUCAGUUGGUCUGGUGUGGUGCCGAGUUGGGACAAAAUCCUCCAUUAUCUGUGGCACUUUGGGAACAGGGUGAUCUACCCCUGCACUAUAUUUAUAUUGGUUUAUAAACAAAUGUGAUAGACAUCCCUGUCAGAGUGGUUAAUUGUCCACUUCUGCUUCCUGGUGAAUUUUUCAAACUUUUUCCCAAGACAAAGAUCUGACUUCAACUCUGGUCUUACUUUGCUUCAAUAAGGAGUUUUCUGAUUGGUUUCUUGCCCUGCGUGCUCCUUGCCUUGCAUGAUCCCUGCGUUGGAGAGAUGGUCACGUUGACGAUGCCAAAGCGUUUCAGAUCUGGUGCAUAGCCAUUCUAUUAGCAGACGUUAAAUCUGGUAGUCUGUUGCUCGUUCCAGGCGCGCUGAAUGGACACUAAAAAGACCGUAAACACUUCCAACUAUUGAAGGAUGUCGGGGAUCACAGUGAAUUCGGAUUGUGGAGAAUGUUCACCCCCUUCGCAUGAGCCUUGCACCACGGAAUUACACCCAUACUCUAGCAUCGAUGACGAUGAUGAACUUCUGAAGUAUAUUUGGAGGGAAUAUUUGCAUCCUAAGCAAUAUGAAUGGGUUCUUAUUGUAGGAUACAUAAUAGUUUUUUUUGUUUCUCUCAUUGGAAACACACUAGUUUGUUUUGCAGUGUGGAAAAACCAUCACAUGCGCACAGUGACCAACUGUUUCAUUGUGAAUCUCUCCUUUGCUGAUGUCCUGGUCACCAUCACCUGUCUCCCGGCAAGUCUUGUGGUAGACAUUACAGAAACAUGGUUCUUUGGAAACACUCUUUGUAAAAUACUGCCUUACUUACAGACAAUCUCCGUAUCUGUGUCAGUCUUGACUCUGAGCUGCAUUGCUCUCGACCGCUGGUACGCAAUCUGCCACCCGCUGAUGUUCAAAAGCACGGCCAGGCGUGCCCGCAAGAGUAUCCUCCUCAUCUGGGGGGUUUCCUGUAUCAUCAUGAUCCCCCAGGCCAUCGUGAUGGAGUGCAGCAGCCUGCUCCCUGAGCUCACCAACAAAACCAGCCUUUUCACUGUGUGUGAAGAGCGCUGGGGAGCUGAUGUCUACCCCAAGGUGUAUCACACCUGUUUCUUCAUGGUCACAUACUUCGCUCCCCUCUGUCUGAUGGUUCUGGCAUACAUCCAGAUAUGUCAUAAACUGUGGUGUCAACAGAUUCCCGGGACGUCAUCUGUGCUACAGAGGAAGCGGACGCCCCUCCAGGGUUCCACUUAUUCUCCAGGUCCUGGGGAGUCAGCCAGAGUCCGGACCAGCACAGUGUCCGCUGAGAUCAAACAGGUCCGGGCCCGCAGGAAGACAGCCCGCAUGCUGAUGGUGGUCCUCUUUGUCUUUGCCCUCUGCUACCUGCCCAUCAGCGUACUCAACAUCAUGAAAAGAGUGUUUGGGACGUUUCAGUACACAAACAGCAGAGAGACUGUAUACGCCUGGUUCACGUUCUCACAUUGGCUGAUAUAUGCCAACAGUGCUGCAAAUCCAAUCAUCUAUAACUUUUUAAGUGGGAAGUUUCGAGCGGAAUUCAAAGCAGCAUUUUCCUGUCGCUCUUUUGGCCGAUGUCAGAACCAAACAGAGGGCAUAAGGAGAAGAAUAAACACCGACAGCCGUAAAUCCUUGUCCACUCAAGUCAACAACAUGGACAAUGUCUCACGGAUAUCUGACCAUGUGGUUUAAUCCUAUACUGGGGCAUGCUGGGAGAUCUUAUAAUUGCACCAUGCCACCCAGGACACACUGGCAUUCACUGUCUCCAUGAUACAAAGGUCACGAAUAGAACACAUUGUAAACGUCAAGCUUUUAAUAACAGACAUCUUGAAUAGACCACAUACUCUGAAUGGACUGAAAGCACUCAACAUCCACCAACAUGUGUGACAGCAAAUCCCUCCCCUGCUGGAACUUCUACCCAGGGGAAGAGAAGUGAUUUGAAUGAGUCGUGUCUGUUACAGAUGGAUAACCGUUCUAUUGGCUCCAGUCUUUGGUUCUCAUCCCACCAGAGGCAGGAUUUAGCACCCCAUGGUGUUGUACACCUCACCAGAAAGGACAGACUGAAGGAUGAAUCACAAUGCAAAGAUUAAACCCUAUCAACGUUUAUUAUCAAAGCUUCUUAAAUCUGAAGAUGGAUUACAAAGUAACAAUUUGUUUGUUAAUUAGCCACAAUAGUGUACUACGUGUGUAUUUGUGGUGAUGUUUACAUAUGUCUUAUGAUGACUACUUCAUACUUCAUAAUAAUAAUAAUUAUUGCUAUUAUUAAUAUUUGUAUUAUUGUUGUUGUUGAUGCUGUUGUUUAUUCUUUUUUAUUGUUAUUGUUAUUACCUUCCUAUUCUAUGUGUAAUAUCAGGUUAUAUGUUUACAGAUAUGGUAUUGUACAUUAACAAUCCAGCCAAAGUUCGAAAAAUCUCCACGGAUGAAUACAUCUACAGAGGUUUUCAUGACAAGGUGGAAGGUUAAAUUCUCACAACCUUACAUCAUAAAGAUGGCUUUGUUUCUAAUUCAUUGCUGGAUCAACCAACAAGCAAUCAGAAUGAAAUAACCCUACAAGACAUUGAAUUCUGAUUUUUUUAAAUUAACAACGUCUUAUUUGAUGUGAACCCUUGAAAAGCAGUUUGUACAAUCGCUUUUCUUUGUUUUGAUUUGUUCUCGGGUGUUUGUUGUGAUGAUUUCUUAUCGGUGUUUCUUAUUAUUUCAUGUACUUUUAAAAAAGUAUGUUAAGCAGUUUCCCCUAAAAAUGUAUAUGUUCAUGUAAGUGAUUGUUGUUUUUGAUCUGUUUGAAGGUAAACAUUUUAAACAUU